UCAAGAUCACAACUUCGCCAGGAUCAAAUAGCUCAACUCUAAUCCACCGAUCGAGUCAUUAACUUUCCUUCUCUCAGCUGUUUCCAUCUUGGGUCUUGAUCCUCUUGGCUACCCGUCGAUCGCUGCUCAGUCGGGUUGUCACUUUUAGCUCCACGUGCUGGAGUCUCCUAUCUCUAGUCCGCCACAACCACCACGGCUCUUCACGCCUCCCGCGUCUACACUGAAAAGGAUUCUAGACGUCCCACGAUCUCUGUUUCUCUUGCCUUUCUGUACCCGAUACCGUACAGCUGCUUGCGACGCGCCCGUUUCACAAGUUCAAUUUCACGCUCGACUGAUGACGUUGCGAUUGGCCCUAGGGGAGGUGUAAGGACUCUCUUUGAAAUCGCCAAUACUCGCGCCGAUAUCCGAUCACCGCCCUCAUUGAGCGUCGUCUCCGUGACUUAGUCUAGGACCAAACUGUUGACUUGAGCAACCAUCCCGAAUCCUAUAAAUUAACAUGGCGUCCUCAUACGCCCUUCCGACCUCCACUCUGCCCCAUGCGCAUCAGAACCAUAUGCAUUCACAUACACGAAGUCAUUCUCAAUCGUCGUUGAACAACCUCAGACGACAAUCGACUUUCUCCAACGGGAGCCUUCCAUCAGUACCCGACGAAGACCAUAACCACGAUGCUAGCCAUGAUCAUGCGGACGGAAACGGAAAUCAUUCUGCACACUCCCACAAUCCGAGCAUCCACAAGCAUGGACACAGACGCUCCCGCAUGUCCAACACAAGCGCAACCAUUGCCCGCGAGAAACUCCCUCCAGCCCCAUUAAACACCUUGGAGGGCUGGACAGAAGAGAUAACUCCGGGAGGCAAGAGUAUACUUACACCGGGUCCCAAAUCGGCCAACAUGACUUAUUCUCCUCCGGAAUUUCCUCACGACCAUCAUGACCACGACCAUCACGAUCAUUCCCACGAUCACUCCCACGACCAUUCGCAUUCUCACAACCACUCACAUAGUCAUGGCCAUAGCAAUCAUUAUGGACAUGAUCAUGGCCAUCCGCAUGAUGAUGACAAGGGCGAAAGAUCAUUAUUCACCCGGAUGAUUCUGCCGUACACAACAAGAUUUCCAAUUCUGAAUGCUAUCUUAAUUGAGAAGGAUUCCAGGCGUAUUUUUUACUUCAUGGCACUCAACUUUUCGUUCAUGGCUGUACAGGCGUUUUAUGGGUACGUCACAGACUCGCUCGGUUUACUGAGCGACAGUAUCCAUAUGUUCUUUGAUUGCGUGGCGCUCAUGGUGGGCUUGUUGGCUGCCGUAUUGAGCAAAUGGCCGCGAAGCCAGAGAUUUCCUUAUGGCUUCGGUAAGAUUGAGACAUUGAGUGGGUUCGCCAACGGUAUCUUGUUGAUGUUACUCAGUGUCGAAAUUGCCUUUGAGGCUUUUGAACGGCUGUGGGAGGGAACUCAAACAAAGCGAUUAGGCGAGCUCUUUAUUGUGAGCACCUUGGGUCUACUUGUCAACCUGGUUGGAAUGAUGGCAUUCGGUCACCAUCACCACGGACACGACCAUGGACACGACCACGGGCAUUCUCACAGCCAUGAUCAUGGUCAUAACCAUGGCCAUGACCACAACCACGGCCACGACAACGAGAAUAUGCACGGCAUUUACUUGCAUAUCCUUGCCGAUACCUUGGGUAGCGUGUCGGUCAUCGUGUCGACAAUAUUGACGAGCUUUUGGGGCUGGGCCGGAUGGGAUCCGUUAGCCUCAUGCUUUAUUGCUGUUCUAAUCUUUCUUUCAUCCAAGCCGCUAGUAUACUCGUCAGCAAAACGGCUGCUACUAAGCAUUCCAGAGGAUACAGAGUACAACCUUCGAAACAGCUUAGGCGGUAUACUGAACCAAAGAGGAGUAGUAGGCUAUUCGUCGCCAAAGUUCUGGAGGGAUGACCACAGCGCUAGCCCUAGUGGUGGGAAGUUAUUAGGCGUAGUUCACGUAGUGGCAGCAAAAGGAGCUCCGUUGGAAGACGUCCGAGAUCGAGUUCGCGAAUAUCUUUUGAGAGAAGGGGCAGACGUUGUGGUGCAAGUUGAACGAGAAGGAGACAACAGCUGUUGGUGCAGCAGACGAGGAAUCCCAGCACCACCAGCAACGCCCACAUUGGCAUCAGCGAAGGCAUUCUAGAAGUCGAGUUUCAAGUUGGGAUAAAUAGUAUGAAAGAGGUGGGAAUGUACAAUGAAGGGGAGAAGCAUUGUCGCGAGACGAAGUGUAUGACUUGCUUGUGUCAAAGAAGGACAGAUGUUUGUCGAUUUAUUUGCUGAAGGCUACUACGUCGGAAUAACGGUAAGCCGCCAAAGAGCAGAGACUGGUAAAUGGGUCAAUACCGUUGCCAGUCGGGUUUGUCUUGGUGUUCUCAGGCAGUUCAGGCUAUGUGUGCCUGGAAUUGGCCAACAAGGUCAUUCAUGGGGCACGUGGAGGAUCACAUGUAUCAUUAUAAUAGGUUUUACUUGGAUUCUCAUCAUGGAGACAGAAACUUUAGAGUAGAGGGGUAAGACAGGUGUAUAUCCAGCAAUAGAGCAGGCUUCAAAUACUAUUUACACCA